GCCUUGAAAUAUAGAAUUAGGUAGAUCCUUUUCGCCUUCACCCCCUCGGGUUCGAGGGAGUUUCGGGUGUUCCGUUUCGCUAAGCCAUUCUUUUCUUUUUGGAAGAAGAUUUGGUUUGGUUCAAUUAGGAAUAAUUAAACGCGGUGGAUUAUCGAAGAGUUCGUAGUUCGUUGUGACGAAUUUGUUUUUUUUAAUUUACUGAUAAGCACAGUUUUAGGACAUACAUUUGACUUUAAUAACGUUCAAGUCAUAACAGUAAGCUUAUAGAAUUGUAUAGUUUUAUAGCAUUUGUUUGUGUUCUUUACAAGUUCUCAGUAGCAGCCACGAUUGUGUUUUCGUAUACAGAGUGAUAUAAAUGUGAAUUUGUAUAAAAAAUAGUGAAUAUUAAUUAAAGAACUACAAAAGUUAAAAAAUCUAUUUUGUGAUAUUAAUAUGAAAAAUACAUUAUAAUCAAAAUGCCGCAAAUUUUCGUAAAAAUGCGGAGCAACUAAUAGUAGCUUUGGAGAAACUAUAACAAUCAGUGGAAAAAUCAGGGAUAAUAUGUUUUAUAAUAUGUGUGGGUGAGAAACAAUUCGUAAUAUGAGUGAUCAAAUAAAUGAGAAACGUUCAAAAGCUAAUGGCGAGGUGGUCGUCAAUGGAAUACAGAACGGAAACUUAAAUGGGUUUGGCUCAAAGAACGGCGGAAGAGCAAGAAAACAAAAGGGACUAAUUUUGCUCGUGAUCUUACUGUUCGCGGCAGUAAUAGGGCUAGCUAUUGCACUGGGUAUUGUGGCGAAUGCAGAGGACGACACGGGACCAGAAAUAUGCCAGACCGCCGACUGCGCCCAAGCAGCCGCACGUGUCCUGGAGAACAUCGACACGAGCGUGGACCCGUGCGACAAUUUCUACAUGUACUCAUGCGGCGCGUGGAAACGGAAGCACGUGAUACCCGAGGAUAAAUCCAGCCAAAAUGUUUUCGGGGUGCUGCGUGACAACGUACAGGUCAUCAACAAAUACCUCCUAGAGGAUGGUGAAAAGUACAAAACGGUAGAAGGGGUUGGAAAAGCCCAGGAUAUGUACGCCGGCUGUGUUAAUACAGAGGAAAUAGAACGUAAGAGCAUAAACGUGUCCUACCCGCUGCUCCAAGAACUUGGUGGGUGGCCGGUCCUGGGCGAUUUGGAAGGUGGGGGCUACAGCGACGAUAGUUUCAACCUUACCACUCUCCUGCGGGCGCUCCGGAAGUACAACAACAAUCCGCUGAUUGAUAUUUACGUCUCGUCUGAUGUAAAGGACUCCGAGAACAAUAUCAUUUAUCUGGACCAGCCGUCAUUCGGCUUGCCCGGGCGAUUGUACUAUUUAGAUUCCAACCUGGCGCACAUGCGGGACGCUUAUAUCAAACUGGCACGGGGCGUGGCCGAGUUGUUUGGGGCGGACUCGUCAACCGCACAAACAUAUAUGGACACAAUGCUAAAGCUGGAAACAGAUAUUGCAAACAUCACGAUGCCCUCUGAAGAUCGGCGUGACAACGAGGCUCUCUAUAACAAGAUGACCAUACAACAGCUGACCCAGAAUUUCACAGAACCCAGUCCCAAAGAUAACAUACAGUUUGGCUGGCUGGAAUACAUGCAAGGGAUCAUGAGCUUGGAAGGGGUCGAUAUCGAACUGAAUUCCAGCGAACCCGUGGUGGUCAGAGCCGUGCCUUAUUUCCAGAAACUGUUCCAUGUUCUCCAGAACUACACGAAAAACGAAAUAGCCAACUACCUUGUAUGGUCGAUAAUGAAAAAUCGGGCCAGCAAUCUUCCAGAAAGUUUCACAGAUCUUGUUGCGGAGUACAAUGCGGUAGUUUAUGGCCAAGCAACCAAACGCGCACGUUGGCGUACUUGUGAAGAUUACGUCACAGGUCAGAUGGGCAUGGCGAUUGGUCACAUGUUUGUCCGCGAAACAUUUGAUGAGUCAGCUAAAUCGAUUGCGCUUGACAUGAUUGGAAACAUUCGGAACGCUUUCAAUGAACUUCUGGAUGAACUAGACUGGAUGGAUCCAUCGACAAAAGAGUUAGCUAGAGAGAAGGCCAAGGCGGUACGUGAAUGGAUCGGCUACCCUGCUGACGUGGCAGAUCCGGAGAAAAUCACGGAAUUAUAUGAAAAUGUGACAGUCAGCCGAACAGAACAUUUUCAGAAUGUGCUCGGCGGUCUCAACCGGGCAUCCACUGGUGGUCUAAAGCGCCUGAGAGAGAAAUACAACAAAAAUGUAUGGACGACUCCGCCUUCUACUGUGAACGCCUACUAUAACUCCAUCCUCAAUGCCAUAAUGUUUCCGGCUGGAAUACUGCAGCCUCCCUUCUACAGCAAAACACAGCCAAAAUCUAUGAACUACGGUGGUAUUGGUGUUGUCAUUGGACAUGAAAUAUCACACGGAUUCGAUGACAGAGGUCGCCAAUACGACAAGGAUGGAAACCUUGUGCAAUGGUGGUCCGACACCAUCAUCAACAACUUCAAAGAGAAGGCUAAAUGUAUUGUGGACCAGUAUGGGGAUUUUCUGGUCAGAGAAGCUAACCUUACUAUCAACGGUAUAAACACACAAGGCGAAAACAUCGCGGACAAUGGUGGUCUUAAACAGAGCUUUAGGGCGUACCGUCGGUGGGUGGAGUCUAUGGGAAAGGAGGAACCAAUGUUGCCUGGUCUCAACUACACGCACAACCAGCUUUUCUUCAUCAACUUUGCUCAGAUCUGGUGUAAUAACAUGCGCCGAGAAUCCGUCAUCAACGCCAUUAAUACUGGAGUUCACAGUCCGGGAGAAUUCAGAGUAAUUGGAACGCUGCAGAAUUCCCCAGACUUCGCUACCGCGUUUGGGUGUAAGAAAAGUAACGUUAUGAACCCAGAAAAGAAAUGCUAUGUUUGGUAAAUCAUCUAAGAAGAUAUCCAAGUCAUGUUUGCAAAAGUGUUAAAAUUGUUUUGUAUAGCACUGUAUUCAUUGUGAUGAUAAUAUAAUGUGUGUUUUUGAAUUGUUGAUUCUAUUGAGGUGUGUAUUUUUGUGUUCGUUUGACUUGUACUUCAUGCGGAUUCUCAUUACAUGUUUGAAUAUAUACUUUUAUAGUGUGUUUUUAUAGAAAAUGUUAAAGUGCAACUUUUUUUAUUAAUAUCUGUGUUUUUUAAACAACAUACUCAAACGAUAUGGAAAUAAAACCUCUAAUUAGA